GCUGUGUACCCACUGUCGCGCGGGCUCGAGUCGGGCUGGCCCCCUCGGGGAAUCACGGGAGUCCACGUCUCGCCCCCCGGGGGGCCCACUCAGGCUCUGGUGACGGAUAGACAGAAAAAUCGAGAACGAUGUCUAAGCAACAACCAACUCAGUUUAUAAAUCCAGAAACUCCUGGCUAUGUUGGAUUUGCAAAUCUUCCCAAUCAAGUUCACCGAAAGUCAGUGAAAAAGGGGUUCGAGUUCACACUGAUGGUGGUUGGUGAAUCUGGUCUAGGAAAAUCAACUCUCAUAAACAGCUUAUUCCUGACUGAUCUCUAUCCAGAAAGAAUUAUACCUGGAGCUGCAGAGAAAAUUGAAAGAACUGUCCAAAUUGAGGCUUCAACUGUUGAAAUUGAAGAGCGGGGCGUCAAACUUCGGCUUACAGUAGUGGACACACCUGGCUAUGGGGAUGCCAUCAACUGCAGGGAUUGUUUUAAGACAAUUAUCUCUUACAUUGAUGAGCAAUUUGAACGCUACCUACAUGACGAGAGUGGACUGAACAGGCGGCACAUCAUUGACAACAGGGUACAUUGUUGCUUCUACUUCAUCUCACCUUUUGGACAUGGAUUAAAGCCUUUAGAUGUUGCAUUCAUGAAAGCAAUACACAAUAAGGUGAAUAUUGUGCCUGUCAUUGCGAAAGCUGACACACUCACUCUGAAGGAGCGUGAGCGGCUAAAGAAAAGGAUUUUGGACGAAAUUGAGGAGCAUAACAUCAAAAUCUAUCACUUACCGGAUGCAGAGUCAGAUGAAGAUGAAGAUUUUAAGGAACAGACUAGACUCCUCAAGGCCAGUAUCCCAUUCUCUGUGGUUGGCUCCAACCAGUUGAUUGAAGCCAAAGGCAAGAAGGUCAGAGGUCGUCUCUACCCAUGGGGUGUUGUGGAGGUGGAGAACCCAGAACACAAUGACUUCCUGAAGCUGAGAACAAUGCUCAUCACCCACAUGCAGGACCUACAGGAAGUGACCCAGGACCUUCACUAUGAAAACUUCCGUUCUGAGAGGCUGAAGAGAGGCGGCAGGAAAGUGGAGAAUGAGGACAUGAAUAAAGACCAGAUCUUGCUUGAAAAGGAGGCUGAGCUUCGCCGCAUGCAGGAGAUGAUCGCAAGGAUGCAAGCACAAAUGCAGAUGCAGAUGCAGGGUGGUGAAAGUGACAGUGGGACACUCGGGCACCAUGUGUGAAAUGGUGCUUCAUAUUA